AUGGCAAUGGACAUCGCUUUUGGUGGGAAACCUAUGGACUUGUUGACGCCAGAGGGAUUCUUGGGGGCAGUUUACCAUGCCUGCAGGCUGGAACCUGGGACUGGUGCUCUUGCAGCACCAGUCUGUCACAAGAUCAUCAAUGAGUUGCCUGACUUCAAGCCAACUUGGUUACCAGAGCUCCCUCCGGUUGAAAUGGCUGUCAAGUACGUUGAUGGCAGUGGAAAACAAAGAGUGAAGGGAGGUUCUUCUUUGAAAGCCAGUCAAAGCUACCCUCUUCAGUUUGGAAGAGCCCUGUCCAAAUUGAGAAGCCGCCAUUCCAAUCAGCUCCGAAAGGAUGCAAGGGCAACCUUGAAGAUGACAGACGAGAAGCAGUCGAAGCGUGGCAAGGUUGAGAAAAAGGAAAAGGUGAAGGACAAGAAGCCCACAAAGAAUGACUUAGCGAAGACCGACAAGAAAGACCGACCCAAUCCCAAGAAGGCCGAGGAGAAGAAGGCAGCAGUGAAAGUGUCAAAAGACAAGUCCCAGAAGAAGAGUGCAUCGUCCAAGGUACCAAAGGAAGAGCAGAAGAAGGCAGCAGCGAAGACCGACAAGAAAGACUUGGCAGUACCAGAAAAGAAGCAUAAAGCAACACCGGUGCAGCCAGUUGAGAAGCAUGAGAAAAAAAGAAAAGACAAGGCAGAGUGCAAGAACAGCAAACCACCUGUGCUUGCUAUCCGAGAUGCUCCGUCCCGAAGAUGCACUACCAAGACCCGUCCUGAAACCGAGCCAGACACUAGCUUCAUGACACCUCCCGAGCAUGUGCGACGAAUGUCAUCGCCUUCCUUGUCACAGGCGUCAGACACCUCGUUGGCAAAGUAUGAAAGGGAAGCCGAGAAAGCAAACAUGAACCUUGAGGACUACCUGCAGAAAGUCUCAUCGGAAGAGCUUGAGAAGGCAGUCGAGGCACGCAUGAAAGAAAUUGUUGAGACGAGUGAUGGACAAGAGAAGGAAGGGAAGGAGAAAGAAGAGCAGAAAGACGAAGACAAGGAAGAGGAGAAAGAAGAAGAGAAGUCUUCGAGCGCUUCCAGCAGCGAUGCAGAAGUGAGUGAUGCUUCUGAUGAUGAAGAAGAUGUCAGUGCUAGUCUCGGGAAAGAGCAUGAAGGAACUGAUGAAGGCUUAGAUGGAGAACCUUUAUCGGAUGAUGAGGGCGAAGAGAAGAGCGAGGCGGAACUUGACAGUGAUGAA